AUGACUGCCACCUGUGAUGAUCACAAGACGGCGGCCAUCUGUGAAAGCCACAAGGUGAACUCCGGUUCUGAUGCCUUUAGAUGCAGCUGGAAGCCCUCAGUACCUGCUGGUGACAACCCAGCUGUGCCAGCCAACUGCUUUGUGGAUCUGGCAGCUGGGUCUUGUGGAAUUACCAACUCGACGGGGUGUUGUCAGGCUGCUCCGCUUGACUUCAGUGUUUCUCUGGACGAGCUCAGGCAGCUGUUGCAAGGUACUUCCGUCCGUCCAUCGCCAUCAGCCAAUGUCGACAUCACUAAGGCUUUGGCCCGGCUGCAGCUCUCGUCCAGGGACGGUGCUUUUGCAUCCAUCCAUCAGUUGGACAGUGCCCGUUCUGGGUUUGUCCAGAGAAGUGAUUUCACAGAAGCGCUACGUGCUCUGCCGUGCGCAUUGUCAGCGGAAGAGAGGCAGCAGGUUGCCUCCCUCUUCACUCCACCAGGCGACUUGCAGUGGGUGUGCUACCCUCUCUUUUUACAGUGUCUCGCCCCUGACCUUGUCGAUGAGGCAGGCUGGUGUAUCCUUGAUGGAGUGAUGAGCACUGGUUGUUCCAACGACCAUGCGAAACCUCUCCAUAUCCGGCUCAAGAUACCAUUUAGCAACUUCCGUACCAGGCAUUCAAAACUUGUUUUGGCAACAGGUGAGCAGGGCGGAAGGUUGGGUUGA